AUGACAUUAUCAACUAGUUCCAAACCAAAUGUUUUAUUACUUGGCCCGGUCGAAUAUGCAACUACUAAAUUAGACCAACUUAAACAAAUAUCAAAUGUCAUCCAAUGUGAAUCUAAAAACAGAGAUGAAUUUAUAUCAGAUUUAAGAGGCAAAUAUUCAAAUAUUACAAACAUUUACCGUACAUUUGAUUCAAUUAACUUCACCGGACUAAUUGAUUCAGACUUAAUUCAACAUUUUCCGAAGAGUUUAAAGACUAUUUCUCAUGGUGGUGCAGGAUAUGAUGCAAUUGAUGCAUUACCAUUAAGUAAACGUGGUAUUUUAUUAUCUAAUGUGACUGUCCCCGUUGAAUCACCAACUGCCGAUACUGCAAUUUAUUUAAUUUUAGGAACGAUGAGACAAUUUCAAAUUGGUCAAAAAUUAAUUUUAAAUGGUGAAUGGAAAGAUUAUCAACUGUUACCUAUUGGAAAUUCACCCCAGGGUCAUGUUGUCGGGAUUUUAGGAAUGGGUGGAAUUGGAAGAGGAAUAAGAGAUAGAUUAGCUCCAUUUGGAUUUAAAAAGAUAUUAUAUUAUAAUAGAAGUAGACUUUCUCCAGAAUUAGAAAAAGAUAGUGAAUAUGUAACAAUGGAUGAAUUGUUCCAAAAAUCUGAUGUUUUGGUAUUAGCUUUACCAUUAAAUAAAAACACUAGACAUAUUAUAAAUGAAGAUUCAAUUUCUAAAAUGAAAGAUGGUGUUAUAUUAGUCAAUAUAGCUAGAGGUGCAAUUAUUGAUGAAGUUAUAUUACCUAAACAUUUAAAAUCCGGAAAAAUAAAAGCAUUUGGGGCUGAUGUUUUUGAAAAUGAGCCUAAAAUAUCUCCAGAAUUAUAUAAUUUAACAAAUGUAAUUUGUUUACCUCAUUUAGGUACUAAUACAUUUGAAGCAAUGGAAAAUAUGGAAAGUUGGACAAUUGAAAAUAUUAUAUCACAUAUUGAAACUGGGAAAUUGAAAUCUAUAGUACCAGAACAAAAGCAUUUAAUUAGCUAG